GGCCCCGCUGCCAUCCGCACGCCGAAACCACUCUUCUCGAAACCGCCGCGUUUCGCCCGUAAACCCGCGGCUCCGCCACCAACCCAGUCGUGGACCGAGCCAGAGCCGAGAGAGACGAGGAGAGGAGCGAAGCCGCCAUGACGACGACGACGGCGCGGCCGGCGCGCAGCGACCCGCACCUGCCGCCGGAGGAGGCGGCGCGGGUGGAGGCCGAGGUGCGGGGCUACUUCGACAGCGUCGCGCCCAGGCGCCCGGCCAAGCCGCCGCGCAGCGACCCGUCGGAGGAUGCCGUGGAGGCCGACGCCGCCGACUGGGGCCACGACCUGCCGGAGCUCCGCAAACUCCGCGACCUCGAGGCGAAGCCCCAAGAGUUGGUGUUGAACGGAGCAGGGAAUGUUGACGGCGGGGAGGAGUACGUGGAAACACAGUACUACGAUGGCCUCAACUGCAUCGACAAGCAGCAUCACACGACUGGUACGGGCUUUAUCAAAGUGGAGAGACCCAAUGGCAGUGCCUUCAGUGUGACGACCAACGGCUACUCAUCUUCCAGCCUUGUUCGUUGCACGAGCAAUCCUGCAACAAAUGAUUGGAUACCAUCUUCCGAGACAGUCAUUCCAGCUUCGAACAAGCCUAGCAGGAGUGACUCUUGAGUCCAGGCCGGGCUUCCUUCGGGUGCUUUGUGGAUUGUUUGCCAAUCGUUUGGUGCUGUGUGAGGGGUUAUCAGUCGUUUCAAAAUAAUAAGGAGCACAUGAUGCUUUGUGGAUUGUUUGCCAAUCCUUUGGUGCUGUGUGAGGUGUUAUCAGUCGUUUCGAACAAGCCUAGCAGUGGAAGACAAACAAAGGUCGGAAGGUUUAUACCUUGUUGCCAUAAACCUGUACCCUGAAUGAAUGUGAGUGGUUUGAUCACCAAGUGUGCCAAUUAGUGACGAUCCUGAGCUAGUGAGCUGGGCAUACUGUGAAAGAUGAUACAUAUGUGCAACUUUUAUUUUUUGAGACAAACUGCAUAUGUGCAA